AUGCUCACCGACCGCGGCGGGCUGCCCACGCUAAUUGAAACAAUGGUAAAGGUAAUGGCCGUUAACUUUUUGGAGCCAAUUGCAAACAAGGAUAAGCUGUUCAAGCCUGCGUUGCGCACCAUGUGGAUGGUUGCCAACGCAAUGGACUCUCUCGAGUUCUUUUUGAUCAACACAGCGCUGUGUUACGAAUGCGAAGACGCCACAGAUGUGCUCCCCUUUGACCGGGAGUGGAAUAAGAGCUCGAACAACAUCUGGAUUUAUCUGAACAAUGUGAUCCAUAGGGUUGUUGAAGAAGGACUUGUUAUUACAAAUUACCGCGUCACUUUGAAAAGGCCAGACGGGGUAGCCGUUGAAAGUAAAUUGGUAACUAGAGAGAAGCUCCGGAACUUCUAUGCAAGCAUGAGAAUGCAAUUUGAUCAGCUGUUGUACGGACUUUGUGAGUAUUUCCGACUCCCUACCAUUGAAGAGCUGGCUGUUGAUUUGCUGCACUGCAAUGAAAUAAGUUUAAUGGAAAGCAGGUUCAAAGCAAAGCCGUCUUUACUAGAUCUUUUCCCCACUGAGUACCUUAAGGGUCUGCUUCCAAUGUUCAACAGGUACAAGAGUCUGUACGAGCAUGAGCUGUGCGAUGUACUACAAGCAAUUGAUAAGAUGAUUGAGCCACUCAUUUGGAUGGUGUUUUUGGGAAGCGGAUAUAGUUAUCGAUUUUCGGAAUUAGUGGCACUAACUUUUGCUGGACGCGACCGCAGUAUCUUCAUUGAUGAAGAAACCAGGUGUCUUUUGCUGUUUACGACUUACAGCAAAGGCGAUACUUUUAAGCCAUUAACAAAACGCCUGGAUCCCAAAAUUUUGAUCUAA